AGGAGCUCUCUCCAAGUGACCAAAGUGGUGCCAUGGCAGGUUUUACGCAGAGCGCGAAUAUGCCGAUAGCAGUGUUUGAGAAACGUUUUGGCAAAGUCGACAUUUCUCAUUACUCAUCUGAGAUUUGAUAAUGUGUGAUGUUCCUGCUGCCGGUAUAAAGGUCUAAUCCUUCCCUCAUUUCCGCGCACAGAUGGAUUGCGUCGUGUCAGCCAGCCGACUCAUACCAGGGCCUAGUCAAAUUCAUUUAACCGCUAUGCCUGCGUCUUGAUUGCUAAAUUGAAGCCACUGGUCAGUCCAGCAUCACUUUGUCAGCGCCCACACGACCCCAGCUUCUCCUCCUCCUUGAGCCAAAAUGAGGAGAGCUGUACUGAAAGAAGCCGCCAAACGAUUCCCCUGGCUGGCUAAUGUCACUUUGUACGGGUGCUUCUUCGCCGGCGGCGACCUUGUCCAUCAGCUCAUAGCUCAGAAGGAGCGCAUAGACUGGAAACACACUCGCAACGUGGCCAUUGUAGCAGUCAGUUUCCACGGAAACUUCAAUUACUUCUGGCUACGAGCCCUGGAGAAGCGUUUCCCUGGAAAGUCCGCCGGGAUGGUUUUCCGCAAACUCCUGCUGGACCAGAGCUUCGCGUCGCCUUUGGCCACCAGUGUCUUCUACACGGGGGUGAGCUUCUUGGAAGGUAAGGAGGAUGUCUUUGAAGACUGGAGAGAGAAGUUCUUCAACACCUGGAAGACUGGACUCAUGUACUGGCCAUUUAUGCAGUUUCUCAACUUUGUCCUGAUGCCGUUGUACUUGCGAACGGCCUUCAUGGGCUGCUGCGCAUUCCUCUGGGCCACCUUCCUGUGCUUCUCUCGGCAGAGUGGCGAUGGCACUGCCACCGUGGCUCUGGCCUUCGUCAUGGACCCCCGUAAGACCCUGGAGGAGAUGCGCGAGGCCCGGCUGGCCCGAAAGAAGCAAAAGACCCAGAGGGAAAACUAAAGGGAAGAGGAGGAGGGCGCUGCUUCUGUCUUUAAGGCCGUUUAAUCUGUCACAGGACAAAGGGGUUUCCACUUUUGCUUAGCCAGCACCCACAAACUGAAAGCACCAUAAAGAGCUGAGGAGCUGUUUACUGGUUGAAAAAGAAAAACAUGGUCACUGACUACAUUUA